UGGAGACAAUACAUCUCAGUCUUUUCCUGAUGCUGUGUUUGGGAGCUCACAGGUCAUCGUCAGAAAUUUUGAAGCGGCAAAAAAGAAACGCUAUAUUCAGUAUUGACGAAGGCUAUGAUGGAGAGUUCCCGUACCAACUGGGCCUAAUUAAAGUUGAGGAGAAAGCCAGUUUUUUUGAAAUCCAUGGUCAAGGUGUGGAUGAGGAACCAAAAGGCAUAUUACAAAUCAACAAAAACACAGGAAUCCUCAGUGUCCACGGCCCUGUCGACUAUGAGAAAUACAGAGUUUUAAAGCUAAAUUAUCAGUCAUUUGACAGUGAUAAUCAAAAAAUACGUGCAGCGAUGGAGGUUGACAUAUCGAUUCUCGAUGCAAAUGACAACCCUCCAAAGUUUGAACAGGAAAUCUAUGAGGUCACCAUCUUUGAGUUAAUAUCACAAGGCGCUGCAAUAAUUACCAUUACGGCAAGCGAUGAUGACACUGAUGAGAGCAACAGAUUGUUUGAUUUAAAAAUAAUCUCAGUUACUCCUCGACCAUCUGAGAUGGAGUUCUACUUAACCCAGGAAAUUCAUACUGGAACCAUUUCAUUUAAAGGGUGUCUGGACCGUCAGAAAGCAGAGAAAUACACCAUUAUAGUGGAGGCCCGGGACCGUGGAGAAAAAAAACAGCUCUCCAGCUCCUGCACCGUCAUAGUCCACAUAGAAGAUGGAAAUAACCACCUUCCUCAAAUCAUUGGACAAACAGGUAAAGGGAGAGUGAAAGAAAGAGAAGAAAGUGUUCUUGUUUCACGUCUGCAAGUUACAGACGAAGACAGCAAAGGUACACCGGCCUGGAGAGCUAAAUAUCAAAUCCAAGGAGACCCAAACAACAACUUCAAAAUCACUACUGAUCCUGAAACAAAUGAGGGACAACUGUAUGUGCAAAAGCAUCUGGACUAUAAAGACGGUCCUUUGAGGAACUUGACUAUCAGUGUGGAGAAUGAGAUCUCCUAUCAAACAUGCAAAGUGGUGAGUCACAGCACCACUGGCCUUUGGCAAGUAGUAAUUGUUAGUGGUGAGACUGUGACAAAGAAAACACAUCUGUCCACCCGCCAAGUGUCCAUAAUUGUAGAGGAUGUCAAUGAGGCUCCAUACUUCGACACACCUAGCAAACAAAUUACGGUGGUCGAGAAUGUCAAGGUGGGCUGGCAUCUGUGGACAUUUACAGCGAAAGACCCUGACGUCACCAGUGGCAACAUAAUUGUAUACAGAAAAAGCUACGAUCCAGCUGGUUGGAUUACAGUGGACAUCAAGACUGGAAAAAUAACCACAACGAAGAUCAUAGACCGAGAGUCAUCCUAUGUGAAAAACAAUAUCUAUACAGUCACAAUAUGGGCUGUUGACAAUGGUCAACCUCCAAUGACAGGCACCGCAACCCUGAGCAUCCAUAUCACCGAUGAGAAUGACAAUCCUCCAUUCCCGCCUGUGAUAACAACUGAUAUUUGCCAAUCUGAUGGACUCUCUCGGGCCAACAUCACAGCCAUGGACCCAGAUGAAGACCCUCAUGGUGGACCUUUCACCUUCAAGCUCCAGGGAAAUGUGAAGGGCAAGUGGAAGCUUGACCCUACACAAGGGCAUUCAAUCUACCUGGUGAAAGAGAAGACAGUUGAUUCUGGACAUUAUGAGCUGUUGCUGGAAGUAUUUGACCUUCAAGGCAUAAGAACCGAACACAACCUGUCAGUUACUGUGUGUAAGUGCAUAGACCCAGCCAGGCCAAACUGUCACAUCCACAAAGGUGUGAUCGGAGGAGGAGCAAUCGGGAUCAUUGCUUUCGUCAUACUACUGCUUGCAGGUGUGCUACUUUUGGCUAUUCUGGUGUCUUGUAAGAGAGACGGUAGACCUGUACAGUUGCCAGAUAGAUCUGAAGGUUCGGAACAACAUCUGAUGGUCUGUAACAUUGAGAGACCAGGAACCGACUGCAAGGUGGCACUUGAGCAGUUAAACAAAGAAUACAGUCAGAGUGAGAUACGAGCCCAAAUAGUAUCUCAAGUUCCACAGAUAAAGCUAUCAACAAGUGAGGCAGUGGUAGAUGCCCAGACAGAGCACGCCACACGCCAAUCUGAAAAACUUAAGCGACGAAUGGACUAUUUGGAUCUGUCUGUGGGUGCAUCAUCAACCAUGAGAAUGACACAUCAACACAGACACUCUAUACAUGGGACUUGGGCUGGACAAAAAACAUGUUCUGGGGAACUGAAUGAUGUAAGAUGUGAAAUGGUGAUCGAAAGACUUAAUGAGAUGCUGGACGCUCAGCAGGCACCAGGAGAGGAGCUGGGUGAUUAUACUCCUCAUGUGUAUGCUGAGGAAGGAGACCCAGAGACCAACUUUGAGCUUGAUGCCAUCUCCAUCUCUGACACUCCUUUUGACCCAAACUUGGACCAGGACCUGGAUUACAGGUUCAAUACUCUGGCCUCAGUCUGCAUGCCUAGUGAAAGCCUGCUCACAGUACAACAAGACUUAAGACAACGACUCUGAUCUCCGAAAUGAACACUCCAUCGCUAUUAAUCCUUGAUCAUAAAUGUUCCCUGGAUAUGCAACAAGGUGAUUUAGAGCAUAAUCCUUCUGAUGCCUCUGGUGCCUCACAGCCAGUUAUGCUACAUGUGGCCACACCUGAAGGAUUUGUCUAUUUUCUUGAAUCUUUUAUAUUUAUGACAUUCUGUGUCUUUGCAUAGUUACAGAAACAUUCAUAUAUCAUUUUUCGUUACACCUCGGACCCUUUUAUUUAUUUUCUAUUUUAUUGUAUUGUUUCUUUUCCAUGAGAGUUCUAUGUUCAGUCUGCAAUUUGUACUGUUAUUACUUUAUUAUUAACUUGAUGUUGUAAUGGCCAGAAUUUGUUAUUGAAUGAAGGUUUAAACAAAAAAAAAAAAAAAAAAAAGUUCAGUAUGUAACACCCAGGGAAUUUAGUGGCAUUUAGCAAUAAGGAUUACACACUGCAGGCAGC